CUGUUUCGAAACUUUUCCUACCAUCUCCAGUUCGCCACCCUAUCUUUUCCUUGUCUCAAGAGUCCCCUGGGAAUAUGGUAUCUUUUCUGUUCUUCCUUUUCUUUUCUGCAAAUAAAUUGAACAGGGCGACGAGAAUGGGAGGAAGAAAGGAAAGGUAAAUUAACCGCCGCUGCUAGGAGUGCUGAAGCGCCAACUAAGCCGCCGCUGCCGCAGCUAACUAGCGCCGAGAAACUACUACUGCCGCUAAUGAACACUUACAAAGCUACCAGCGUCGCUAGUGAGAGCUAUCGAAGCCACCACCACCCUUUGCUACCUCUUUCGUUUAGCCACCAGUCCCACGUACCACCCAAGAUGGAGAUAAAGAUAGCAAAGAGGAAGACGAUGCCAUCACUUAUAAACAUGUUGAAGACGGAGAGAAUGGUGAUGAUCUAAAUGAACGGGUUGAACUCGAAAAUGAUUUAACUAUAGAUGACGGGCAACAAGGAUCAAAUUCUAUAAAAAAAGAAAAAAACAAGAGGUCCUACGGAAUUGGAGUUGAUGGAAAUUCCUUUGUUAUGUCGCUAGAAAGAUCGACAUGGUAGUUCAAUAAUGUGUGGAAGAGCUGUUACCAAUAAAGACAUUGCUAAGGCAAAAGAGACUGAUCAGUCUUAUUCAAUGACUAAUCAUAUGGAUGCAAUUAUGAACACUUUGAAGGAGUUUGAAGAGGAAAACAAGAAAAAGAAUCUUGAAAUAGAACAAAUGCGCAAGGAACGCGAGAUUGAGAAACGGAUCCGCCAAGUUGAGAAGAUAAUCCAGUAUUGGCAUUGGCUUCACGUACGAAGGAAUCAUUUUCAAACUUCUUCAGAUUCAACAACUUGGGGAUCUUAUAGUACUCUGAAGGUGGUCUGGCAGGUAUUUCAGAGACUUCAUUCAAUUAAUGUCCGAUCAGCAUGGAGAACCAGCGUGCAUAUGGGAGGUGUCUGAACUUCUUUGGAGAAUCCCUAACAACAUUUUGUUCAAUGAUCUCAAACCAGAUGAGUUAAGCCCAGUUAUAAUUCUUCCCAAAGGUCACUUUGUGGAUCAAAUGGAGCAUGUGAACAUUGCAAUGAUCAUGACCAGAAUGUUUGGGAGAUGCGCAUUUGUUCAUAACAAAAAAAAAGUUCUCAAUGGUAGAGGGAUUUUGCUCUAUAAGUGGGUAAGCUGGGUGAGGGGUGAAAGAUGGCCCAUGCAGAGCAUGUCCUAGAGCAAGUCUUUUUCUAUGGGGAAAGGGUUGGAUGGUACGUUUGGUUAUAUGGAUAGGAAUAAUGGCUUAUUUGGAUUAUAGUGUUGGUUUGGCUGCAUCAGCUACAUAAUUAGUCGUACCCCAUAAUUGGCAUAGAUAAAUAUUGGGAACUUGAGCUGAAUUAUUCAAAGCUGGCCAAAGUGAAUGUCCUUUCAAUAUUGAGAUGGUGAUGGGAUCUUGGCAUUUGAAAGCUUCGGGGUCCAAUAGAUAAUUAUUUUCUUUCAGACCUGCCUUUGGAUGGACCGCCUCUUCAGAUAAUAGUGCCAUUGUAAUCUGAG